UCCCGCCCUCUAUCUUGCCUGCUCCUUCUCCUUCCUCUAGAGCAGCGUCGGGCCUCGUCUCUGCACUCCUUGCUGCAUCGCUCUUGGCGCCCGCGGCAGAUCAAGAGCGGACGAUUUCUGCACCCGCUCCACUCCUCCUCGACGCUCGCGCCUCGCUCUCGCACAUCCGUCUCACGCGCGUGCCAUUCGGCAGCGGCGCGAUGCUUGCCUAGAUCCUCCAGCCACUCUCAUCGCACACCACCUCUCUACUGCGUCGUCCUUCAGGCCGCGGCGCCAUGCCGCCCUACUCGCGGCUGCAGCCGUGCAUGUGCCAGCUGCUGGUGCCGCUGCUGCUGCUGCUCUGCAUCCUCGUGCCGGCGCUCGCCGCCUCGACCUCGUCGCUGCGGCCCGGGCAGCCCGAGACGCCCGGCCGGCGCACCGCAGCGGUACCUCGCAGCCCUGGCAGCGAUGCGCUGGCCCUCUCGCGCCGCGGCCUGCUGGCGGCGCAGCGGCUGGGCGGCCAGCGGCCCGCGUCCCUCUCGCGCCUCGAGCUCAGCGACACGGUGCUCGUUGCCACGCUCGAGGGCUCGCUGCACGCGCUGCACCGCCGCUCCGGCGCCACGCUCUGGCAGCUGCCGGCGCGCUCCUCGUCCAGCGACGUGCCGCCAGGCAGCGGCAGCCGGUACGCCUUUGAUCCGCUCGUCGACGCCGCGUAUGGCCGCUCGCGUGCCUCCUUUGCCGAGCUGGCCUCGACGGCCGAGGGCGUGAAGACGCUGGAGCGCAUGCGCAAGACGGGCAUGUACGUCGUCGAGCCGGGCGGCGGCGGUAGCAUCUACGUGCUCUCCAGCGCACUCGACGGCAGCGACGGCAGCGGCGAAGACACGCAGCUGCGCAAGCUGCCGCUGACGCUGCCGCAGCUCGUCGACCUCUCGCCCUUCUCGUUCCCAGCCGACGCAGAGCGCGUCUUUGUCGGGCACAAGAGCACGGCGCUCGUCGAGCUCGACGUCGCGACAGGCCGCAUCGGCGCCGUGUUCGGCGGCAGCAGGGAGCGCGAGAAGGCCGGCAGAUGGUUCGACGAUGCCUUCACUGGCGAGGCUGGUAGCGACUCUGCACGCGACAGCGGCGAGUGGACGUAUGUCGGACGGACAGACUACACCCUGACAAUACACAACCGCGCCGACCCGAGCGCCCGCCAGACGCUGCGCUACAGCACCUUUGCGCCCAACGCUGCAGAUCGCGAGGUGGCCGCGCUGUGGGCCGGCUCGAGCCCAGAGGCUCGCGCGCAGGCGUCGCGCAUUGCCGGCGCGUCGCCGCUGGCGCUCAUGGGCGUGCCGGAGGAGAGCGAGGUGGUCUGCCUCAACGUUACGGACGAGUGGCCGGAGCCCGAAGAGGACCGCUUGGUGUGGCGCGCAGACGUCGGCGGUGCUGUCGCCGGCAUCUUCGACCUAGUCUACCCGCUCUCCGACUCGUCCACGCGCGGUCAUGGCUCACCAAUCGUUGUGCCUCAUCCGCCAAUCGCGCUGCCGUCUUUGAUACCCAGCGACGACUCCGCAUUAGCGACGCGCGACGCGACCUAUCUCGGCCUGUCGUCCGGCUCGCUCUACGCGCUCGGCAGCGAGUCGCACCCGCUCGCUGCCUUCGCGCCGCGUGCUCCCGCAUCACACGCCGGACACGGCAAGGGCCGGCCAUGCGCGAGCGUCGGCUGCUGGCUCGGCGCGUACGAGAGCGGCAUGGAGGACCUGACGGAAGGUCUCGAUCCUCGCUUGCUUGAUGGUGGCGACACGCCGCGGCUGGCCAUCGCCGAUCGGCCAGCGAACGCCGAGCCCAGCUCCAGCGCAGGUGCGGCCGACCCGCCGUUGAUGCAGCCUUCCUCGCUGCCAUCACCAGCAGACGCCUCGCCGCCUUUCUGGACGUGGCGGCCCACGCCGCUCGUCGGCCUCGCGCAGGUAAUCACGCUGCUUCUCGCCGCCAUCCUGUGUGGCCUGAUCUACAUCGGCCUGCAGGAGCAGCGGCGCAACAGCCGCGAGAGCGCAAAUGCCAUCGCCAAGGACGUCUUCUGGGUGCCGGCCAUCAUGGACGAGAAGGCGGCCGAGGCGGAGUUCGAGCGCAAGCUGCUGCUGCAGCACGGCCUUCAGCCGCGACCUGCGACUCCCGAGGCUGCCGCUCCGCCUCCGGCACAGGUCGCCUCGCCUGUCGCCGCUGGUGCCGCUCUUGCGCCUGAGCCAGGCGCGCCAGCCUUGCAGCCACCUGUCGAGCUGGAGCCUGGGCACACUCCCGUCGAGAAGCUGCUCGACGCGGAAGCGGCAGAGGCUGCGCGCGCCGAGAAGAAGCGCGCAGGCAAAAGGCGGCGGAGAGGCAAGCGUGCCGGCGCACUCGUGGCUGCGCGCGACGAGAAGCGCAACGCGCAAGACGACGACGACGGCGAUGACGGCGAGGAGGAGGAGAACAGCGAAGAGGUGAUGCGGUCGCCGCCAACGCCAAGGAAGGCUGCAGCUGGCAACACGAAGACGCCUGCACAGCUCGGCCUCUCCGGCGGCUCGAUGAACAGCCCCGUCACGUCGACACUGAUCGAGGGCGGCUGGAUCGACGCGGCUCCGGACGCGCCGUCAGCUGGAGAGCAGGCGGCUAGACUCGCUGCCCAUGCCGCUACGGGAAGGUCAAGCACGGGCGCAGGCGGUCUGCGGCAGGGCAGCUCGCUCGUCAUCUCCGACGAUGUGCUAGGCUACGGCUCGUCGGGCACGGUCGUGUUCCGCGGCACGUUCCAGGGCCGCGCCGUGGCUGUCAAGCGGCUGCUGCGCGACUUUGUCAACGUCGCGUCCAAGGAGGUGUCGCUGCUCGAGUCGGCUGACAACCACCCGCACGUCAUCCGCUACUUCUACAAGGAGCUCACAGGCUCGUUCCUGUACAUCGCGCUCGAGCUCUGCCCUGCAAGCCUGUCCGAGGUGAUCGAGAAGCCGGGCGACUUCCGCGAUCUGGCCGUGCUGCUCGAGCCCAAGAAGGCACUGGCGCAGAUCACGUCUGGCCUGCAGCACCUGCACUCGCUCUCGAUUGUGCAUCGCGACAUCAAGCCGCAGAACAUCCUCGUGUCGCUGACGGCGGCCGGCAAGCUCAAGAUGCUCCUCUCCGACUUUGGCCUCUCGAAGCGCCUCGACGGCCUGGCGCAGACGAGCUUCAGCCAGACGAUGAACAACCCGGGCGGCACCGUCGGCUGGCGCGCGCCCGAGAUCCUGCGCGGCGACAUCUCGCUCGACGCCGGCGGCGACGGCAGCGCAAGCACGGAGAGCUCGUUCGGCCCGAGCGGCGCGCGUGAGCGCGAGCCGGGCGAGGAGCGGCGACGACUGACGCGCGCCGUCGACGUCUUUGCGCUCGGCUGCCUGGCCUACUACGUCCUGGCCAACGGCGAGCAUCCAUUCGGCACGCGCUUCGAGCGCGAGAUGAACAUCGUGCGCGGGCAGUUCGCGCUCACGCGGCUCUCGGGCCUCGGCGAGGAGGGCUACGAGGCACAGCACCUCAUCUCCGCGAUGAUCUCGGCGAACCCGCGCGAGCGGCCCGACGCCAGCGACGUGCUCUCACACCCGUACUUCUGGAACAGCGGGCGGCGCCUGGCGUUCCUGCAGGACGCGAGCGACCGCUUCGAGAUCAUGGACAAGGAGCACCCGCCGCCGGCGCUUGUGGCGCUCGAGCAGCACGCAGCCGACGUCGUGGGCGCCGACUGGCACCGCAAGAUGGACAAGCUCUUCCUCGACGACCUGGGCAAGUUCCGCAAGUACGAGCGGCACAGCGUGCAGGACCUGCUGCGUGCGCUGCGCAACAAGAAGCACCACUACCAGGACAUGUCGCCGCAGCUGCGCAAGCACAUGGGCGCGCUGCCCGACGGGUUCCUGGCGUACUUUACGCGCCGCUUCCCGGCGCUCUUCCUACAUGUGCAUAGCGUCGUCGCCGAGGCGCCGCUGCUGCGCACCGAGGCCAUGUUUGCCGCCUACUUUACGCCGCCCGGCGACUUCUCGUCGUGAGGCCGAGCCUCGAUGGAAGUGCCCUGCUCCACUUGCACUGCUUCGCUGGGCGCCUGUGCCGCUCUUGCCCCUCUCUGUCGCCCAUUUAUCAUGUCACCGGUCGCGCAUCUACUCCACCCUCACUCAUGUCCAAGACAAACCAAUGCGAUGCAUGUGCAAUCCCUGCUC